GUAUUCGUGAGACAAGUCACCACGGUCACCACGGUGGAUACACGGAACGGUAGCUUUCGAUAUCCCUCUCUUCCAUCCAUUUCUAUGCCGUUUGUCGACGGGUGAGAAUACACACUGACAUUCUCUACUUUGUAACUUUUCAAGUGCUUGUGCCAGAUCGACCAACAUGGUUCAUGGUUUUCGGGUUCCGUGAUUUGGAACUCGACACUAAUGUGAAUGGUAUGUUUAUGCACAUAUUUGCGUACUGCGUAUUUUGUACUCCAGAUUCUGCUGUCUUAUUCUCUCCUUCAGUCGAGAAGGGUUUUGAGGCUGACGAUGCUUCUUGAUCGAUGUGUCAGCCACUUUGGUUGGGUAUAAAUACGGGCUCUGUUCGUCUUUCCCGCCAGUUCUAUCUUUCUCUCCUUCUUCCAUCUCGUUUCUUCACUACUUGCUCGGUGACGCCUUGCACAACCCUCACUCUUUUUACCUCACAUUCUUUACUUUACGAACAUCAUCAUCAUCAUCAUGCACCUUAUAUCUCUCAUCCCUCUUGUGACCGCCGUUGGUUUGCUCUCGCAGGUUACCGCUGCCCCCAUGGAACACUCUGCAUCUCAUAAGUUCCCGAGGGAGCAGAUGGAACCUCGACGCGAUUCUCUUCCUCCUCUUAAAUCCAUACAAUUCAGAGAUCUGCUUGAGUCUUCUCCUUCACAAACACGAUCUGGACGUCCACGCCCCAAGGCUCAUCAACGUCCCGGACAACAAGAGAAAGCCGGGCUCCUCCCUGGCGUGCCCGCCGUGCCCGGUGCUUCAACCCCAGACAUUCCUCCAUCCAAAGAGCUCUCACAAGCCGGAGGAGAUCUCACUUCUCCCGUUGCACUCGCUUCAACCGGUUUCGGCGCUGUUGGCUCCGCCCCCUCAACUGCCGGCUCUGCAGUCAACGGGCUUCCAAUCGGUGAAGCGAACAAUCUUGUUAGCUCCAGCUCUGAAGAUCCUUCUAACGCCCCAGCCAAGACUGCCAAGAUUCACUCCGCUGCAGAAGAACCUAAAGCCGCCGUGAAGAACACACCAGCUGGGAACACUGUGGUUGAAGGUGACGAGGUCGUUGAGAAGGACGCGACUAGGAAUGAAGCCCAGGUGGAAACUGUUGCAGACAGCGAUGCGGCGACCACUGAAAAGCAGACCCCGACCAACCCAGCAGGGAAGUCCUCUGCUUCUGAACCUCAUCGACCAACCUUAAAUCACAACGACAAGCACUCGAAGUCCGGCGGUCCCCCUUCCGUUGCUUAAUGUUAUAUUCUGACUAUAGUACAUGAUUUUCGGUUUGGGUGGGAAUCAGCAUGGAGGCUUUGGUGCUCCUAGUGAUAUGUGUUUGAUUCGCGGUUGUUUAAUGCAUUAUAUGUAUGAUAAGAUUUCCAUUGAACCC